AUGGACAACCGUCCAGCGCCGGAGUCUCGCUCGCACUUUCCGUCGCAUAGCGCACCGCGAGUAUGGCUUAUCACCGCCGGGGAUUCCCCAAUCGGCAUAUCGGUCGCGCGACAAGCGCUUGCACAUGGUGACUCUGUGCUGCUUGGAUUGGCGCAUACCGCUCCAGACCGUGAUGCGCGACGUCAAGACGAACUCGAGGCGUUUCUUGCCGAGAUCGAGGAACAUCGUGACGAAGGAUGGCCGGAGCGAACGAGAGCUGUGCCUUUAGAUAUCCGGAUGAUGAGCGAGUGCCAGGCUGUCUUCGCGCAAGCUGUCGCAGCGUUUGGGAGGGUUGAUAUUCUUUUGUGCUGCACGAGCCAAGCCCUCAUUGGAACUGUCGAAGAGCUUGCUACAUCUCCGCAGACUCAAAACCUCGUUCGCGAUCAAUUUGAGGUCAACUAUUUCGGACCUCUGAACAUUAUCAAGGCCGCAUUACCCCAAAUGAGGAGGCACCACUCCGGGCACAUUAUGAUACUUUCGGGAAUAACGGCUCAUAUCGGGACUCCUGGGCUCGGCAUGUACUGUGCAGCCGGCUGGGCCCUUGAAGGAUUUUGUGACAGCCUUGCGUUUGAAGUGGCCCCCUUCAAUGUCAAGCUUACCAUCGUACAGUGCAGCAUUGAAAUUGGAAUUCUCACCAAUUUGGUGACAAGCGUGCCUCCCAUAUUCCCUGCUUAUUCGCCUAGUAACAAUCAUGCACCACUCUUCCGCGGCAUUCUCAACCACCUCAUCCCGCGACUACCUGAAGCUGUUGCUGAGGGCUUGAUUGGAAACGAUUCAAUUACCAGCAAACCUGCCGAGAGUGCAGAAAGUCCCAGAGUCAACUCAAUUGAAGAUGGACCGUUCUCAGCACCCCGAGUCGUCACUGUUCAUCCGCCGCUGAGUUCCGCUCAUCUUGAAGUGCUCGUCUCAGAAACGGUACAUGCUAUCACGUCCAUUGCCGGUCACGAAAACCCUCCAUCCCGGCAUAUUGUCGGCCAGGAGGGUGUGGCCAGUGUUAAGGAGAAGCUGAAGACAGUCAGUGAGGAACUCGAAGAUUUCAUCCAAGCUAGCUUUGCGGUCGAUGUGGCAGCCGAUGCAGAGACUGGUCCUCCCAAUACCUUCCCCAGUCAAACGUCACCUUGA